UACACUGUCAUAAUCGUCCUAAUCUUCGUCGUGGCCCUAGCUACCUUGGCCUGGGUCUUUGCCCCCAAAGAAAACAGAACUGUUUUCAGAUCGUCAGUGAUAUUAGCUUUGGCCAUGUGCUACUUGAUGUGGGCCAUCACAUAUCUAGCCCAAUUACAUCCGUUGGAGGCUCCUAGAAGAUCCGACUUGAGACCGGAGAAGCAAGACUGA